CCCUCACCCGGAAAGAUGUACGUGAGCUACCUGCAGCUGGAUAAGGACCCCGCCAUGUACCCGCACCAGAGCCCGGUCAGCCGACACCCGGGGCUCAACCUCAGCCCGCAGAACUUCGGCGUCCCCGCACCGCCGCAGUACUCGGACUUCGCCGGUUAUCAUCACCACCACAUGCCGCCGGAUCCUCACGCGGCUCAGCAGGGGGGCACCGGGGCCGGCGGCUGGAGCCCGGCCUACCCUCCUCCGCCACCCGCCCGGGAGGACUGGUCGACCCACUACGGCCACCCGGGAUCAGCAGCAGCGGCUGCCGCAGCCGCUGCGGCCGCGGCGGCCGGCGGGCCUCCCGGAGGGUCCACAGUUCCGGGCGGGUUGGGUCCCACUCUGGGCUUCAGCCCUCAGGAGUUCCCCGGUCAACCGUCCGCGCUGCUGCCCGCCUCCCUCAGCGUGUCUUCGGCGCAGCUGAGCCCCGGAUCCCCGCAGAGGAGGAACCCGUACGACUGGAUACGACGCAGCUCCGCACCGCCCUCCAACCCAAAUGGAAAGACUCGGACUAAAGACAAGUACAGAGUGGUCUACACUGACCACCAGCGGCUGGAGCUGGAGAAAGAGUUUCAUUACAGUAAAUACAUCACCAUCAGGAGGAAGGCGGAGCUCGCCACGGCGCUCAGUCUGUCAGAAAGACAGGUGAAAAUCUGGUUCCAGAAUCGUCGGGCAAAGGAGCGAAAAAUUACCAAGAAGAAGCUCCAGCAGCCAGCCUCCACGACCACGCCCACUCCUCCCCAUGGCAACCACAGCAGCAGCAACGGCGCCACUGGCAGCAAUGGCGGCGGAGGAGGUGGCAGCGGAGGUCUCCACGGGAAUGGAAGUAACAGCGUCGCCAUGGUGACUAGCAGCAGCGGCAGCAAUGGGCUGGUUUCUCCUUCCUCGCUGUCUCUGAACAUCAAGGAGGAGUACUGACAAAGAUAUGAAAAGAUCUGAUGUUCUGGAUCGGAACUCAAACUCGCAGACUCAAUGGACUACAAACUCUGACAUCAUGCCCCGCCUCCUGACCAGGUUUCGUCUGGUUGCUGAAGACUGACACUUGUUGAAAUUUUGAAGUACCAACAUCCAGCAGUAGUUCAUUUCCCAUAAGACAUUUUUACAAAUAAUUUCUCAUUAUGAUUUGAUGUGAAAUGUCGUCAGGUAACAUCAGCCCUUGUAGCGACAACGGGAGGACUUUCCAGACGCUUCACCUACUGCCGUGCUAGCAGCCUGGGAUGCUAGCGCUAACAAUAUUUAGGAUUAUGUUAGAAUGCUAACUGAAGCUAAUAAAGUUUUGCGUGUUAAAACCUGCAACUACACUAGCACACAAAACACUAA